AUGGCAGUGUGCACUUCUUCCACACACUUAAGCUCAACUUCAUUCCACUUCAGAAACCCUAGAACUCGCCUUUCUCUUCGGCAUGUCUACUUCAAUUUCUCAUCCUCUUCAGAUGAAUCUCCGAAACCCUCGUUUCGCAUUUCAGCCGAUUCUGCCCCCUCAUCACCAAAAGCACGAUUCGUCGCAAGACGAAGAGAGUCCGUGCGGGUUCCAGUUGGCAAACGCCCUCUACUUGAAUAUAUGAGCCUUCCAGCGAGUCAGUACUCUGUGUUGGACGCCGAAAGGAUCGAGAGGGUUGAUGACAGUACAUUCAGGUGUUAUGUGUAUAAGUUGAAGUUCUUUGCUUUUGAGGUGUGCCCGGUUUUGUUGGUUAGAGUUGAAGAGCAGCCUAAUGGUUGUUGUAUUAAGCUCUUGUCUUGCAAGCUUGAGGGAUCGCCAAUAGUUGUUGCACAGAAUGAUAAGUUUGAUGCUUUUAUGGUGAAUAGAAUAUCAUGUGAUAGCAAACAGAGCACCUCACCAGUCCAGCAACUUAGUUCAGAUGCAGUUAUUGAGGUUAACAUUGAGAUUCCUUUUGCAUUUCGAGCAAUUCCAGUGCAAGCAAUUGAAUCAACUGGCACCCAAGUCCUAGAACAAACAUUAAAAUUCAUGCUCCCACGCUUUAUGUCACAGCCAAACUGGCUUCCAUCAGCUGUGAGAAUGACGGACUGA